AAUGUAUUUUAUCCCAAAUUGCCAUCCAUGAAAAGUAGAAGCGACGAGCAUAAACAUUCUUUAACUAACGGUCCUCUGUCAAAGCGAAAAGGCGAUUGUUGUUAUUUGAUCGGGAACAAGUGAGGUGAGCCCCCGAGGUCCUGGGACGGUCGCUGUGGACACCCAAGAUGGCGGCGCUCUGGCUCGCCGGCUCUGCUAAGAACCACAGUUCUGGGAUUCUUGCAACGAUAGCUCUGGUAUGUGUUUCCUUCUUGGUUGUGAAUGGCCGACUCGAAGGCAGUGACAACAACGCUGACUACCAAGUGGCCAUCUACACCAUUGUUACUGGAAGCAAGUGAAUUUUUGGCUGAAGAAAGCAAAGCUAAAUUCUGGGAUUUUGUGGAUGCCACUCAAGAAAUCCAUCCAGAGGAUCAUGAAGGAACCGAUACUUUAUACUACAACCACGUAUUACAGAAAGCUGGUGAGGUUUUGACCCCUGUACAGGUCAACCUUCUGAAGUUUGCCUUAUCCCUACGGGCUUAUUCGGCCACUGUUCAAAUGUUUCAGCAGAUUGCAGCAGAGGAGCCCCCUCCAGAAAACUGUUCUGCUUUUAUAAAUGUGCACGGGGAGAAAACCUGCAGUCCUGACAGAUUGGAGGUAGUUCUUCAGAAUGCCCUGGAGAGACCUAGUCCUUAUUUGUUUAAAGGGGAUCAUAUUAAGGCACCUUUAAGAAGUGAACUUCCAUUUGUGAUUCUCUAUGGUGAGAUUGGUACCGAAGAAUUUUCCAGGUUCCACAAGCUUCUCUGCUCCAAAUCAGAUGGGGGAAGUGUCAACUACAUACUCCGGCAUUAUGUUGCUUAUCCAAGCAAGGAGAAGGUAUUCCUUUCUGGUUACGGCGUUGAGCUUGCCAUUAAAAGCACCGAAUACAAGGCCAAGGAUGACACACAAGUGACAGGUUCUGAACUGAACACCACUGUGAUAAAUGAAAAUGAUCCUGUUGAUGAAGUUCAAGGAUUUCUUUUUGGCAAGCUGAAACAGCUCUACCCUGAGAUCAAAGAACAGCUUAAGGAACUGAGGAAGCACUUGGUUGAAAGCACAAAUGAGAUGGCUCCUCUUAAAGUCUGGCAACUCCAAGACCUAAGCUUUCAAACUGCUGCUCGAAUCUUGGCAGCACCAACAGACGAUGCAUUGAUGGUUAUGCGUGAUUUGAGCCAGAACUUUCCAACCAAGGCCAGAUCUAUAACCAGAACUGUUGUGAACUCUGAUAUGAGGAAAGAAGUAGAAGAAAAUCAACGGUUUUUCAAAGAAACUCUGGGCCUGCAUCCAGGUGACUCUGCACUUUUCAUCAAUGGCCUUAGUAUUGAUCUUGAUGUGCAAGAUGUCUUCAGUGUUCUGGACCUGCUGCGCAAUGAGGCUCGGCUUAUGGAAGGCCUGCACGAUCUGGGGAUUCAGGGGAAUGAGCUACAUGAAUUACUGAAGCUGAACGUGCAUCCAGCAGAUUCUGACUAUGGUGUGGAUAUUCGAAAUCCAGCCGUCUAUUGGAUUAACAAUCUGGAAAUGGAUAGCAAAUACAGGACAUGGCCUUCCAGUGUUCAGGAGCUAUUGAGACCUACAUUUCCUGGAGUUAUCCGACAGAUUCGGAAAAACUUCCACAACUUGGUGCUCAUUAUUGACCCGAUGGAUGAGAGCACUCCAGAAUUGCUGACAACAGCUGAAAUGUUUUAUAUCAAUGACAUCCCUCUCAGGAUUGGCUUGGUCUUUGUGGUUGAUGACUCAGAUGAGGCUGAUGGCCUAAAAGAUCCUGGUGUCGCACUUCUCAGGGCUUUUAACUUUGUAGCAGAUGAAUUGGACAACAUGAAUGCCUUUCAGACAAUCAUUUCGAUUUACAACAAGGUGAUGCCUGGUGAGAAAUUGACAAUUGAGCAUAUCAUCAGUACCUUGGAAAAGGACUUUUCCAAUGUGGAAGUUACCAGUAUUCUGGGAUCAGAUUCAGCAUAUGACAGGAACAGGAAGGAAGGGAAAGAUUAUUUUAAACAAACAGGCCUUGGCCCUCUGCCCAUUGGCCUCUACAAUGGCAUGCCUUACCUGAGGGAUCAACUGGAUCCUGAUGAGCUAGAAACAGUGAUGAUGCACAAGAUCUUGGAUAACACUGCCUACUUUCAGAAAGUUGUUUACUUAGGCGAACUGAACAAUGACCAGGAUGUUGUUGAUUUCAUAAUGAAUCAGCCGACCAUUGUUCCAAGGAUCAAUCCCAGGAUUCUCAGCUCUGAGAGAGAGUACUUGUCUCUGUCUGCCAAUGCUGAUGAUGGUGUAGAUGAUUAUUCCCGUUUUGCGCUCCUGAAAUCUGAGGAAAAAUCUGCAGCUGUGGCCAACAGUAUAUCCUAUUUGUCUAAAAGAGGGAUUUCUUCGCGAGAGAUCUAUGAUGAUAAGUACAUUCGUCCACUUACAUUUUGGAUCAUCGGAGAUUUUGAUGACUCUUCAGGGCGGCAGUUACUGUAUGAAUCCCUUAAGCAUCUGAAAUCCAGCAACAACUUGAGACUUGGUUUGAUAAACAAUCCAACCAAUGAACCCACCAAAGAGAACACUGUUAUUGCUAGAGCCAUCUGGACUGCGCUUAACACACAGAAUGUGAACAAUGCUAAGAACUUCAUCACUAAACUAACAAAAGAAGAGACUGCAAAAGCUUUGGCAGAGGGGGCAGACAUCAUGGAAUUUGCUGUAGGAGGUAUGGAAAAUGCAGCUUUCAAAAAGAUGUUUGAGAGUGUCAGUCUGGAUUUCAUUUUGUCACAUAGUUCUUUCUGCAAGGAUGUAGUGAAAGUGAACGGAGGGCAGAGGGCCAUCAUCAGUAAUGGACGAAUUGUUGGCCCUCUGGAAGAAAAUGAAAUCUUCAAUCAGAAUGACUUCCACCUGCUGGAGAGUAUUGCUAUUGAGGCAGCAGAGAAGAUCAAAACGAAGGUCCAGAUGCUAUCCAUUGAGGAAGAUCUUGCUAGUGAUCUAAUAAUGAAAGUGGACUCACUGUUGUCAUCCAAGUCCAAAGGAGAAGCAAGGGUUGACCUCCAAUUCUUUGAAGAACGACUGAGUGCUAUUAAAUUACGGCCAAAAGAAGAUCAGGUUUACUUUGAAGUAAUGGCCAUAACUGACCCUGUGACAAGAGAUGCUCAGCGGCUUUCCCCGUUCCUAUUGGUUUUAAAUCAAUUGAUCAACAUGAACCUUCGAGUGUUUAUGAACUGUCAAGCAAAACUUUCUGAAAUGCCUCUGAAAAGCAUUUACCGGUAUGUUCUGGAACCCGAGACCACAUUCAAAGCAGACGGCAGUUUUGCUCCUGGUCCAGUUGCCAAAUUCUUAGACAUGCCUCAAUCUCCUCUCUUCACGCUUAUCAUAAACACCCCUGAAAGCUGGAUGGUGGAGUCUGUACAUACCUCAUAUGAUCUCGACAAUAUUUAUUUGGAAGAGGUUGAUGGAGGAAUAGCAGCAGAGUAUGAAUUGGAGUAUCUUUUGUUGGAAGGACAUUGUUAUGAUGUUUCAACAGGACAACCACCCAGAGGUCUCCAGUUCACUCUGGGUACAAGUGCAAACCCUGUAAUCGUAGACACAAUUGUAAUGGCAAACUUGGGCUACUUCCAGUUAAAAGCCAACCCUGGUGCCUGGAUUCUCAGACUAAGGAAGGGAAGAUCAGAAGAUAUUUAUAAAAUUUACAGUCAUGAUGGAGCAGACUCUCCUCCUGGUACUGAUGAAGUAACUGUUGUUCUUGACAGCUUCAAAAGCAAAAUUAUUAAAGUGAAGGUCCAAAAGAAACCCGAGAAAAUGAACGAAGAACUCCUCAGUGAUGGAAAUGCCGAAAAUGAAGGUUUCUGGGAAUCCAUUAAAAGAGGAUUCACAGGAGGUCCAAAAUCUGAAGAAUUAAAAUUGGACAAGGAAGAUGUCAUUAAUAUCUUCUCAGUUGCAUCAGGUCAUCUGUACGAGAGGUUUCUAAGAAUAAUGAUGCUGUCUGUCCUGAAGCACACUGAAACACCAGUGAAGUUCUGGUUCCUUAAGAAUUACCUCUCGCCCACAUUCAAGGAAUUUAUUCCACACAUGGCAAAGAAGUAUGGUUUCCAGUAUGAACUGGUGCAGUACAAGUGGCCCAGGUGGCUUCACCAACAGACUGAGAAGCAAAGAAUCAUCUGGGGUUACAAGAUCCUCUUCCUGGAUGUGCUUUUCCCACUGGCUGUUGACAAGAUCUUAUUCGUGGAUGCUGAUCAAAUAGUACGUGCUGACUUAAAGGAGCUACGUGAGUUGGACCUUGAAGGAGCUCCCUACGGUUACACUCCUUUCUGUGAUAGUCGUAAGGAAAUGGAUGGAUAUCGGUUCUGGAGAUCAGGUUAUUGGGCGAAUCAUCUGCAGGGAAGAAAGUACCACAUAAGUGCCUUAUAUGUAGUGGACUUAAAGAAAUUCAGAAAGAUUGCUGCUGGUGAUCGACUCAGAGGACAGUAUCAGGGUCUCAGUCAGGACCCCAACAGCUUGUCCAAUCUUGACCAGGAUCUGCCUAACAACAUGAUCCAUCAAGUGCCUAUUAAAUCCCUUCCACAACACUGGCUGUGGUGUGAGACAUGGUGUGAUGAAGCAUCUAAGAAAAAAGCUAAAACUAUUGAUUUGUGCAAUAACCCAAUGACUAAAGAGCCCAAAUUGGAAGCAGCUAUGCGAAUUGUUCCUGAAUGGCAGGACUACGAUCAAGAGCUUAAACAGUUCCAGAAGUUGUUGCAAGAGGAGAAAUUGAAUGGACUGACUCAUGCCAGUACAGAAGGUCAUGUCCCACAUACUGAGUUUUAAGAUGUGAACGUGAGACCGGUUUAACUCUGUUCAAGGAGUUGUUCUUUUUUUUCCUACAUGAAAUCUUCUCAAAUGUGGCAAAGAUCCAAGACUGGAAUGAGAAUGUACUGUUAGUUUUGUUUUUUUUAAGUAUAAGGUAUAUUGUAAUUGGGGUUCAGUUCUGUGGACAGGUAAAGCAAUGGGGAUGCAAGUGUCAUUGGAAAAUGUAUAGGUAUUCACCUCAGGGACAAAGAAAAUCAUGCAAAAUUUGACUGUUUCCACAUGUUUGUCAAUGGGGUAUAGGAAAGCCAAGAAUCACAGGGAUGAUCUAAAUUCCCAAUAACAAAAUCUCAAAAUCUUUUGAGGUAUUGAUUUUCAGAUUCCUGAAUUCAAGUUAUCUUAGUUAGUCAGUGCAAUGUUGAUGAGGCCUGAAACUCAUGUUACACACACACACACACACACACACACACACACACACACACACACACUCUCUCUCUCUCUCUCUCUCUCUCUCUCUCACUCACACACAAAUACAACUGCUUACAUUGUUUCGCUUACCUGCCCUAUGUGUUGUUUUGUCACAUACAUAUAAUCUGUCACUCUCUAUUUACUGACCACCAGAGUAAGAUGAAUUUUUGUUUGAAGUUAAUAUUUUCCAUCCUGUCAGCUAUAUUUUCAGCAUGAUACUCAAAUGCUUCAGUUGUGAUGUUAUACAUGUCAGUGUUUGGGUAUUCCAGGCAACAUAAUGCAAUUAGGAUGUUUGGCUGAGGAAUCAGUAUUUUACAUUGUUUAGUCUUUCUUACUCUAGAAAAUAGUUUUGCUUUGGAAGGUGUUAAAUGAAACUCACAUGGUGUCUAAUGUAUACAUUUUACAAUAUCUGUACACCAGAGCUUAUUGGUAAUGUAGUAUUCGUUGUUUGCCCCCUCACAAUCGAGAAUAUUUUGCAGACCCAAAAGUUGUUCUACUGUCAGGCAUACAUUGGAAGCCUUCAACUAGUGCAAUUCCAGCCUAAGUUUUGCAGUGCAAGCUCUCAAUAUGUACAAAUUUACUGUUGUAUUUUUUCAGUAUAAUCAACAGCCAAAUUAUUGUCUCCAUAAAUAACUUGAAGUGCAUUUCAUGGCACAAGUCACAGCUCCUAUGAUGCAUACACAUUCUAUUCUGUGCUUUCUAGAUUUUCUUUUGUUCACCUCACUUAAUUGCAGUAUAACUAGGGGGAGAGAAUUCUUUAUUUAUGCUUGGAGAGAAUUGCAAGAAAGCAACUGUUUGUAUCAUUACUGUUAUAGACUGAUAUAUCCAAAGGUAGAAUAUUGCUGGUUUGGCAGCACACUUUAUGGAAGGAAAUUCUUCUCAUGUUUCACUGUAGAGAAUAUCACCUGAAGCUAGUGAACAAAUCUGAGCCAGUGAGUUUUACUCUUUUUCCAUUGCUUUGGCCAAAGUAUGAAAUUUGCUUUCAUUGAACACCAUUUCAGUAAUAGAACAUGAACUAUUCACCAUGACCUCGAGGUAUGACAUUGUUUCAGAUGCAUUUCCAUAAUUAUGUGCUUCAGUGAAGCAUGGAUAUUUCUGAUGCAAAAGCAUACAGAAGCUGAAUUGUAAACUUUCAGUACCUGCCCUGAUGGAAGUCAUUAAGUGAAGCAUUCCUUAAUUACAUAAUGUGGUGUUGACUGUCACUUAUAUUAAUCAUUCUUUUUGUUUUAAUAUUAAUUGCACUCUGCUUUGCCUGUUGGGAUUGUUUUCCUACACUGAAAAGGGAAGAGACUUUGCAGCUCGGAGGUUGAAUACAAGAGCCUGAAACUUUGAGAAGAUAGCACAUUAAUGGACAACUAUGUAUCAAAAAUUAGCCUGCAUUAGCUUCUGAAUGAUGUGCUGACAGGGUCUAUAUACAGACAAAUGAAAACUGGGGGAAAAGACUGGUAUCACCAGAAGGAUGGUACUUUCCUUUAAUUGCUGGGAGCAAAGUGUGGUUCUUAUUCAAAGCUGAAUUUCUAUGUUGCUCAAAUGAAAUGACUGAGAGAUCUUAAUAGGUGCAGGUCGGAAUAUAAAGCUAGCCUUUGUUUGUACUGAAGGAAGCUAGUGUUGAAGUAGUAGUGUUACACAUUUUAGCAGUAACCAUGUGUCCACAGGGACUGGUUGUCUUACUUAGCUUAUUAAAAAUGAAGAUACUUCAAAUCGCAUUCAGUAUGAAGUGUGUAACGUCCGGAUGACUGAAAUGCUUAUGGGUGGCCUGAAACAUACCAAAAAUUGACCUGGUGGCUCUAAUGUUGUUUUGGUCCCACUGUUGUUUUGGAAGGAUCUGUCUAGUCACAGCCAGUGCUAUCAAGUAGAGUUUUCUAAGUUUAAGAAUGUUCCAUUCAUUAAUAAAUAGUAAUGUUUAAAAGCUGCAUGUUUUUUUGCUGUUGCCCUUUCAGGAUUCUACAGCUGAAAUGUGAACUUUGGUAUAUUUAUUAUUCUGAAAUUUUGUUUUGGAAAAGCCUUUUCAAUGUUUUGUACGAUUGCAAGACUGUUAUCUGUAAUGUGUAAAAAUACAAAUCAAACUCUUUCUCUUCUACGUCAUCAACAUUGGAUUUUGUUCCUUAAAUUUGAUCAGUCGGAGGUGGAGGUAUAAAAACUCUCAGUAGAGUACAAAAUCCCACCCUUAGUCUGAAAUAUCUAAAACAGUUCCUAUGUUUGGACCAAAUAUAUGGAAGACUGUAGCAUAUGUCCUUUCCACUCUGCAGACCAACUGCUGACCUUUAAAUAUAUCUCUCUCAACUUUUCCACCAUCAGUGAGAAGUCUGCUUAAGUACAAAGUGGCUUAAGUAUCAUCUGAAGGAGAUUUACACUGAUUAUCCCUUUUACUGCCUAGAUCAUGUGAUUUUUUUUUUCUGAUAAAUUUUACUUAUUUUGCACCUAGAUUAGCUCAUAACUUUGCCUUGUUUUGUCUUAAAACAAGAAAAGACUUCGGAUCUCCAGACACGUUGAAAAAACACACAACUUAUUCAGUUUUGUUGGUAGUAUUUUAGGUCUAUGUUUUUAUUUUUAGUUACUGGCUGAGAGUCCUUUGAGCUUGUCUCUUGAGUUGUGAUAGCAACACUGAUGUAGAGCUCUCAAAGGACCUGAAAUAAUGAAAUGAUACACCAAUUUCUACAUUUGUUUUAAACCAUGAAAUCAUUUGGUUAAUUCAGGGUUGUAGAGUAAAAGAAAUUGCAAUUGUGAUUUUUAAAACAACUUGUGAAAUAGAGUAUUAUUUAUUAUUCAUCACCACAUUUUUUAAGUGAUGUUUAUUGGAAAAGGUUCAAAAGGCAUCAUAUACUAAUAAGGAUGAAAGAAGACAUUGAAACUCCACUAUAUAGGAACAACAUGGGUAAAGAAAUUGUAUAAUAUGCAAUGUAGCAUAUUUUAUUUGAGAUGUACCCAAAUUAUAAUUCUGUUAUCAUGGACAGCAGAACAAGAGGGCAAAAGUUGAAUUUCGUAAAAAGAAUUUAACGUAAUCUGCUGGGUGUGCGGAAAUAUUAGGGUGAUAAACACUUGAAAUCAAAAGUUUUUAGAGAAAUCAAAAUCUAGUUCAAUCUGAGACUUGGUGUGUGAAAUAUUCAAGGUCUGAAUUGUCCUGUACUUGAAAUAUUACCCGUCAACAAGAUUUCAGUAAGUUGGAAUGAGUACCACACUUACCAGAAACCAUAGAGAAGCUUAAAAAACAAAAUCAGUGUCAGAAGAGAAAGUGUAUCAAGUGUUACAGCAUCCUCCUGGGCAGCCAGCAUUAAUUGAUUCACGGAAUCUAUUGUAACUCUGUAACUUUUUUUUCUGCUUAUAAAGGGAUUUUCUUAUGUUUUUCCA